AUGACUGGGAAAAUGUUCUUGUUAAAAAUUAUUGCGUCACAGGUUUCCUGCAAUAGGCCAGUUCUGGACAUGCAGUUCCAUCAUCAGUGGUCUGUUCUUGCUCUUACGAAGAACCAGGCUGUCCGGAUGAUCACUACACUACGAAAAUGGCGUGAAGUCGCUCACACAGGGCUCCAAUUACUCAAUUUCCACAAGAAUCAAUGGCCUUUUCAGGGGGGUAUGAGAACCACUCCCACUGCAUGCAACGAAGGAGUUGCAAGACAGAGUCCGUUUCAUAGCGGCACCGGUGCAGUGCCACGACGGCACUGUUCAGCUUUCAGAAAUCUUGCACAAAGGUUUGGUGGGAUGUACCGUACAGCAGUACCAUCAACUUUCAUGCAAGCAGGACAGCCGGUGGGUGAUCACAAUGUAAAAGGUGCAGUUAAUGAGGGACGAAAUUAUGUGACACCGGACACUACCGUUCCCCAUAAUGGGCAGAUCCCGCAGAACAUGAUGCUACAAAGUGGAACAGUUUGCGGACGAAAUAUUGGGCAGCAAGCAUUUCCACCGCAGUGCACUGCAAAUCUCGAAAUGAACAAUGGUAAGACACCGAUGAUGACUGUGAAUGGUGGAACUCAUCUCAUCUCUAACCUACCCAGUAACUCCCCGAAUGAUGUACGGCAGCAUGCCCCGUUUAAUCCUCCUCAUACAAAUUCAGAAUUAAUAUCAGCCAAGAUUUCUGUGCCCUCUACUACGAUUGCAACUUUGACACCCACACAGAUCGGAACCGCGCCUUCGAUGCAAACUUUCAUUGGGAACAUACCUUCAGUACCUGGUGCGGGGACAUUUCCACACAUGCUUCCUUCCCACUCACUUCAACAAAUGGCACCUAGUACAGAAAUUGUGCCACCAUUGCCAUCGAUGGGUUUUGUACCACCGCCGGAUCCAUCCAUGGGGCAACGGUAUUUUGGCACGCAUAAUAUUGCACCAGGAAUUGGAGGUAAAGCUGAAACAAAACAUACAACAUUUGGUGGUCUCACAGGAAUAGAUACUUUUCCAAAAGCUGCUGGCAGCAGUGGUCCACAGAUGUCCAUGCCCCCACAAAUUCCUGGGGCGUAUAGUAACUCUCCUUCUGGAUCGCUUGGCCUUUCAUCAGUGCCUAGCGCACCCCCCGUUAACUAUGGUACUGGCAGUACUGGAACGGCUGAACCAUCAAUGCGUGGAGAAAUAAUUGGACCACCUGCUGCAGGAUUGUAUCAGCAGAAACCUCGUUUGGAUCCGAAUCUGAUGCCAAGUGUGGUUCAAGUAAUCGAAGAAGAUCGUUCAACAAGGAGUGGGACAUUUCCAACCGGUUAUCCUACAGCUGAACAUCCGCCAUUGACAUCAACUGAGUUUAUUGCUCAGGAUCAAGGCAUUUGUAGUCCGAAAUUUAUGCGAUCUACGCUCUAUGUCGCACCUGCAUCAUCUGAUAUGUUAAAAAAUUCACAGAUGCCAUUUGCAGUGGCAGUCACUCCUUUUGCACGUUUGCAUCCAGAUGAGAUGCAACUCCCAAUCGUGGAUCUUGGAGAAUUGGGUCCCGUGAGAUGUCAUCGUUGCAAAGCCUACAUGUGUCCAUUUAUGGAAUUCCAAGAUGGUGGUCGGCGCUUCAGAUGCCCGUUUUGCUUUGCAUCCACAGCGGUGGAUGAUUCGUAUUUUGCUCACUUGGAUCACACCGGACGUCGCACUGAUAUCCAGCAUCGUCCUGAACAAUAUCUUGGGUCUUAUGAACUUGUUGCAACGAAACCAUAUUGCAAGAAUGGUUUGAAACCAAAAGAACCUGCAUUCAUUUUUAUGCUGGAUGUGUCGUAUUCUGCAGUGCAAUGUGGCCUUGUAUCAAUAUUUUGUAGAAAUAUUCGAAAUUUGUUGGACGAUUUACCCAAAGAAGUGGGUCAGGUGAAAUCGUCUUUGCGUAUUGGAUUUGCAACGUACGACCAGACUAUUCACUUCUAUAAUCUGAAAAGUCAUAUAGGUCAACCUGAAAUGUUGGUCGUUGGAGACGUGGACGAUGUUUUUGUCCCAUUGGUGGACGGAUUUUUGGUAACAUUGGAGGAGGCCGAUGUUGUUCUGAAUAGCUUGUUGCAUGAAAUUGAAAAGAUCUUUGGCGAAACGCGAAUCACUGAAACAAUACUUGGCCCUGUUAUCCAGGCUGGUCUGGAUGCAUUAAAAUGUGCUGAUAGAGCAGGCAAAUUGUUCAUAUUCCAUACUAAUUUACCGUCGCUGGAUGCACCUGGAAAGUUGAAAAAUCGUGACGAUCGGAAGCUGCUUGGAACCGACAAGGAAAAGACUGUUUUACAACCGCACAUCGAUUUUUACAGUAAAUUAGGCGAAGAAUGUGUGAAAGCAGGUUGCGCCGUAGAUUUAUUCUUGUUCCCAAAUUCCUUCGUGGAUGUUGCAUCACUUUCACCCGUUUGCUCUCUGACGGGUGGUUCCAUAUACAAAUAUCAAUACUUUGAAACGCAAAAAGAUAGCGAACGUUUCUUGGCAGAUCUUUCCCACGACAUAAGUCGUGAAAUUGUGUUUGAUGUAAUGAUAAGAGUACGUACAUCCACUGGUUUGCGGCCAACUGGUUUCUUCGGUUCUUUCUUCAUGGAUAAUAGCACGGACCUGGAAAUGGGUGCUAUUGAUUGUGAUCAAGCAGUUCACGUAGAAAUUCGACAUGACGAUAAAUUGCCGGAAGGAAGCGCCUAUUUACAAACAGCUGUACUAUUUACUUCAUGUAGUGGACAGAGAAGACUUCGCAUCCACAAUCUUGCUUUGGCUGUUUCAUCAGAUUAUAACCAGCUUUACCGUGUUGCUGAUUUGGACUGUUUGACGUCUUUCCUCUUCAAGCAAGCGGAGUAUGUUUUGCGCGACAAAUCUCCUAAGGAAAUGCGGGAGGCGGUGAAUGCACGUUGCGCGCACAUGCUGGCAACAUACCGUGAGAAAUGCAGCGAGCAUGCACCGCUUGGGCAACUUAUUUUGCCAGAAUGUUUGAAACUUUUGCCGUUAUUUGCAAACUGCAUAAUAAAGAAUGAUGCACUUAGUGGAGGUAGCGACAUAUCAGUGGAUGAUAGAGCUUAUCUAAUGCAUCUUAUUCCAUCCUUGAGGACAGAGGAUGCAUUAACUUUGUUAUAUCCUACAGUGUUUCCUAUUUCUGACCUGAUUCUUGAGCAGCAACCUACUGAGAUAACAUUACCGACAUGCAUACGCGCUUCUUAUGAUAACUUGUUACCAGAGAAAGCGUAUAUGAUUUUUAACGGUAUCAUGAUGUUCUUAUGGAUUGGUUUAAAGGUGCCACAGGAUUGGGUGCAAGAUGUCUUUAAUUCUAAUUCAGUCGCACAUCUCAACGUGGAGAAUCAUGUUGUGCCGGAACGUGACAAUGCACGAUCACGUGCUGUACGUUACGUUAUUGAACGGGUGAACGUGAAUCGGUUGCGACAUAUGAAACUGUUCAUGAUUCGACAGCAGGAUGCGUUAGAAGCUUGGAUGAAGAAAUUUCUAGUUGAAGAUCGUACAUCGAGUAUGCCCUCAUAUGUGGAAUAUUUGUGUAACAUUCAUCGUGAAAUUAGAGGUUUACUGACUUGA